CCCAUUCACCCUCAGCUUUAAGGACUCGCACUUGUUCACAAUGACUGAUUUAAACGUGCUUGAUGAGAAACUGACGGAGGUCGAGAGUCUUAAAGGGAGCACAAAGAAGCAAAAGAAGAAAGAUGCCUGGAAACCAGAGGGACCCAUGGACCCAUUUGCUAUGUUGGACUCUCUUCCUGAGACGAAGCAGCAGGAAAUCCAGAAAGCCCUCCACCUCUUCUCCUUGGGCCGGAGUCUGCCCAAGACCCUGCAGCAAGCCCAAAAACACAUGUACCAUUUCUGGGACACACAGCCUGUCCCCAAACUGAGGGACCGCAUUGUAACUCAUGGCCCAAUAGUGGAGGGGGAAGCCAGUGUCCGUAAGGAGCCCUGCUCUCUACCUCAAGGUUUCUCCUGGGACACUCUGGACCUGAGCAGCCCUACGGUGUUGAAGGAGCUAUGCACUCUGCUCAAUGACAACUACGUGGAAGAGGAUGAAAACACUUUCAGAUUGGAGUUCUCGCUGGAGUAUCUGCAAUGGGCUUUACAACCUCCCAACUGGCUGGCCCAGUGGAACUGUGGUGUGCGAGUAGACGCCAAUAAGAAGUUAGUCGGCUUCAUUGCUGCUCUUCCCGCAGAUGUCCGCAUAUACGAGACGGAGAAGCGGAUGGUACAGGUCAAGUUCCUGUGUGUUCAUAAGAAGCUACGCCUCAAGCGGAUGACUCCAGUUCUGAUCCGAGAGCUCGCCAGGCGGGUCAACCAGCAGGGCCUCCACCAAGCUGUCUACACAGCUGGCAGAGUCCUGCCCACACCAAUGAGCUCCUGCAGGUGCUGGCAUCGCCUAUUAAAUCCCCGAAAGCUGGCAGAGGUGAGCUACCCAGGUCUGAGACCGAACAUGAACCUGCAGAGAGCUCUCAAAUUCAACCGUCUGCCUGAGGUGACAACGACACCAGGUCUGCGCCCUAUGACUAAAGAAGAUGUUGUGGGGAUACACUCACUGCUGCAGGCAAACCUCCGCAAGUUUUACCUCAGCCCUGUGAUGUCUUUACAGGAAAUAGAGCACUGGCUGUUACCAAGGGGGGAUGUGAUUGACACCUAUGUUGUGGAGGGUGAUGAUGGCACACUGACAGACGUGGUGAGUUUCUACAGCGUCUCCUCCAGGGUGCUGAAUCACCCUGUCCACACUGGACUGAGAGAAGCUCAUCUCCUUUACGUUGCCUCUGCCGCCACAGACUCAGUGGACCUCAUGGGGGACACACUGGUCCUCGCUAAAUCCAAAGGGUUUGAUGUCUUCUCUGCUCUUGAAGCGAUGGAUAACAGGAGUUUCCUGGAGAAGCUCAAGUUCAGCAUCAGUGACAAGAGCCUUCAUUACUACCUGUACAACUGGAUGUGUCCUAAAAUGAGCCCGGACAAGGUGGGCUUGGUGCUACCAAACUAACCUGCCCCUGAGAGAAGAUAAAGAGUGGUGAAGA